UGACGUCAAAACACAGCGCCAGGAAUAUAUGUUUAGUGGACUGUCAGCGUCAAAUAAUUUUGCACAGCUUGCUUAAAGAACAGUUUUCACUAAGUGUCUAAAGAUUUAACACAACACUAACUAAUAUCUUCGUGUAGACCCUCCGCCAUGGUAGAGGAUGACGAUUUAACGCCAAAUCUUGUGUCCAAGCCGAUGAGCAGCAAUGGCGAGUUUGUGCCUCCUGACGGAUUGUGCUGGGUAUCAAUUCUGUCCUGUUUGCUGCUCGCCUGCUCCUAUGUUGGGAGUUUAUACGUAUGGAGAAGUGAUCUGCCCAGGGACCACCCAGCCGUGAUAAAACGACGCUUCACAAGUGUCCUGAUCGUGUCCGCUCUGUCGCCAGUCUUUGUAUGGGCAUGGAAGGAAUACACGGGCAUCAGUCCUGGCCCAUCAUUACUGGCCCUGAUGGGGGUCCGCUUUGAGGGUCUUCUCCCUGCCAUCGUGCUGCCUCUUCUGCUCACCAUGGUGCUGUUCCUUGGGCCUCUCAUCCAGCUGGUUAUGGACUGUCCCUGGGGCUUCAUGGAUGGGAUACGAGUGGCCUUAGACCCUUGUUUCUGGGCCCUGUGUCUGAGUGACAUGCGCUGGCUGAGGAACCAGGUGGUGGCUCCUCUCACGGAGGAGCUGGUGUUCCGAGCCUGCAUGCUGCCCAUGCUGGUGCCCUGUGCCGGCCCCUCCACCGCCAUCUUCACCUGCCCGCUCUUCUUCGGAGUGGCCCACUUUCAUCACGUGAUAGAGCUGCUACGCUUCAGGCAAGGAACCGUGUCUGGGAUCUUUCUGUCUGCAGCGUUCCAGUUCUCCUACACGGCCAUCUUUGGAGCCUAUACCGCCUUCAUCUUCAUCAGAACAGGUCACCUGGUGGGCCCCGUGCUGUGUCACUCCUUCUGUAACUACAUGGGCUUCCCCGCCCUGGGCACGGCCCUGGAGCACCAACACCGCCUCACCGUGCUCAGCUGCUACGUCUUAGGCGUCCUCUUCUUCCUCCUCCUCCUCUUCCCGAUGACCGACCCCCUCUUCUACGGCCUCCCCACCCCUGUCUGCACCCUGUCGGCCUCCUCUGGCUCCCCCUGCUCCUGAGCCAAACUUGAAAAUGACGUGACAACCCCUCUACAUGCAAUGGAAGGUUCCAGCACAUUCACCUAGCCUGAAUGGAGGGGCGGUCCAAAUGGGAUUAGGAAUAGGGGUGUCCUCUGGGGUUUGUGUUGUCAGGUUAGCUAUGGACAGUCAGGACUGCAGGAGUUCUAGCUGACUGCUGCUAAAGGCAGCAGGUGUAUCAGGUGGCCAUGUCCCAUGUUCAGGUCACAUUGACCUCUUAGUAAGUCAAGAUGUGGUCUUAGUGCUCAACAGGGGGUGAUAUUAUCAGGCCAAGGUGUCAGUGUAACCCAUAGUCAAAUAAGUCUGUGUUUUAUAGAAAUGUUCUGUUAGAUGCUGAAACAACAAGUUAUUUAUAUCCAUCCGCAUGUUUCUGUACUCAUGGUGUUUUCUGGCGCAGUUAGGUGUUGGUUUCUAGGCCUGAGGGGAUUCUUAUAGUGGGCAUGCAUACACUGUACAUUUUGCUGAUUAUUCUUUUCCCUCU